CACAGGUGAUUGGCUAUGAUUUUGAAAAAAAAGGAGGGUUGGAACAUUAAGUUCGGCCUAAGUUUUCUGUCAUCCAUGAUCCCAUAAUUAGAACUUAUUAGUUCCACGUUCUCUCUUUUCUCUGACAACAUAAAAUCUGUUUUUCAUUUCUGAAUCAAACUUUUUUUUCAUUUUUUUUCUCUUCUCACGAAAUUUAUAUCUUCUCCCUCUCUAGGCUCAUAGAGAGAGUAGAAAGGGAUAGACAUAAAAAGUUUGCAUGUUUUCUAUUCUCAUUUUUUUCAUCCCAACAUCAACAACUAUAAGUGGGAAGAGAUAAUAGGAAUAGAAAGAAGAAACAACCAACAUGUUGCAGAGAGCUGCAAGCAGCGCGUAUUCAUGGUGGUGGGCUAGCCACAUCAGAACAAAGCAAUCAAAAUGGAUGGAGCAAAACCUCCACGAUAUGGAGGAAAAGGUGCACGCUGUGUUGAAGCUCCUAGAGGAAGAGGGAGAUUCCUUUGCGAAGAGAGCAGAAAUGUAUUACAAAAGGAGACCGGAACUGAUAAGCUUUGUAGAAGAAUCAUUCAGGGCAUACCGUUCUUUAGCAGAUAGGUAUGAUCACAUUUCAACAGAGUUGCAAAAUGCCAACAACACCAUUGCUUCAGUGUGCCCAGAUCAAGUCCCAUAUAUGGAUGAGGACGAUGAUGAUUCACCCAGACCAAAAACCCCGAGAAAAAUGGGAGAAGGGUACAAACCAAAUGUUCCAAAUGUUCCUAAGGUUCCAAAGCCUCCAGUUAGAGAUUUAAAAACUGUCAUAACAGCAGCCACGAAGAAACUCAAUACAAAGAAGGCAGCCACCGCAGCUGCAGCUCCAAAAGUUCCAAAAUCUGGAUUGAGCAGAAAGGCAGCACUUCAAGAGAUGGACAAGCUGCAGAAGGAGAUUCUGUCGUUGCAAACUGUGAAAGAGUUUGUGAAGAGUACUUAUGACAAUGCCAUUGCCAAGUACUGGGAUACUGAGAACCAGAUCAAGGCAUUACAAGAGAAAGUGUCCAGUUUGCAAGAUGAACUUGGCGAAGGUAUUGCUAUUGAUGACGAGGAAGCCCGGUGUUUGAUGGCGGCAGCAGCACUUAAGGCAUGCCAAGACACAUUGUCAAACUUGGAAGUGAAACAGUCUAUAUCACUUAAUGAGGCCAAAGUUGAAUCUAAAAGGGUAAAGGAAGUGAGGGAUAAGUUAAGUUCUCUGAUGAACGAAUGUAAUUACGAUCAAACCACUUCCAAAGGGCCAAGGGCCAGAAGAGAUGUAAAAGAAAUAGUAGGAACAACGGGCUUUGAUGAAGAGGUGGAAAAAUUGAAUCAGCAGAAACAGGAGAUGCAGGUAUUGCAGGAGAAAAUAAAAGAGCAUUUUGAAGCUGGGUCUUAUUCAACUCUCACCGUGCAAGAUAUGGCAGAAAAGAUUGAUUCACUUGUUAACAAAGUUGUCAGCUUAGAAACAGCAGUUUCUUCCCAGACAGCUCUCGUAAAAACGUUAAGAGUAGAAACAGAUGAACUUAAUUCCGUAGUUCGAACUCUUGAAAAUGAUAAGGAAAGUUUGAUCAAUGAUAAAGCUAAAUUGAACGAGCAACUAAGUGACAUGAAUGAAAAGUUGCGUGGGGUACAAGAUCUAAACCAAAUUGUUGCAGAGCAGAAUAGCAACCUCCGAACCCAUUUCACUGAGGCACAUUGUAAUCUUGAUCAAAUCUCGGAGAAAGUCCAAAAGGUGAAACCAGAUGUGGUCAGUGAAAUAUCGCUACCCGAAAGGAAUUCAUCAAGAGAAGCUGAAUCUGAACAUGGUCUAAAAGGACAAGAUGCAUUGAAUCAAGAUAGUGAGUUGUUGAACGAUGAAAAGUCAAACAAGGAAAAUACGGCCACUGCUGUGGUAGAUCAUACUGCAAUUUCAGAUAAGGAGCUCAAGGUUGCUGAAGAGGUAAAAGACAAUGUAAUUCAUAAUGUAAAUUCUGAUAAGGAGCUCAAAGUUGCUGAAGUGGCAGAAGACAGUGUAAUUCGUACUGUAAAUUCAGACAAGGAGCUCAAGGUUGGUGAAGUGGUAAAAGACAGUUUAAUUCAUACUGUAAAUUCAGAUAAGGAGCUCAAGGAUGCCGAAGUGGAAAAAGACAGUGCAAUUCCAGAUGACAAUCCUAAGGUCACAAGUUCACAGGAAAAUGAUGUUCAGGUCACCAAUUCACUACAAAUGAAAGAUGAAAAACCAGUGGAAGACAAAUCACAAAGAGAGUUGAAAGAAAGAGAGGAGUCCCCAGAUUCUAGCCACAGUGAUAUUACAAAAUCAACAGAUGCUUUGAAAACUACUUCUGAAGAUCAGGUCAUCAAGGGUCAUUCCCAGGAGCAAGGAAUAUCAAAAGAAGAUGAAACUCAUUGGCAGGAAUUGUUGAAUGGAAUGCUGGAUAGGGAAAAAGCUUUGCUGUCAGAAUAUACUAACGCUCUCCAAAAUUACGAUGAGAUGAAGAUGAAACUGGCAGAUAUAGAGAAGAAAAAUCAAGAUGCCCUCUUUGAGUCAUCUUUGCAGUUGAAAGAACUGAAGACUGCAAAUGCCUUGAAAGACGAAGAAAUUAGACUCCUACGUCAGAAACUAGGUGUUCUGCAGAAAGGCUUGGAGGGAAAGGAGGAUUUGGUAGAGUUAACUUCAGUGCAGCCUGUAAUAGAGACAAAUGAAAUUGAGGAAUAUUUGAAAGCUGCAGAACCUGAUACUACGAUAUCGGCCAUUGAAGAGAAGUUCCGGAUGAGCAUUGACGAAAUUCUAGAGGAGAACAUAAUUUUCUGGAUGAAUUUCAGUGCUUCUUUUACCAGGAUUCACAAGUUUGAGACCGCUAUAAAAGAUUUGCUGAACGAGGUAAAAAGAAUUGAGGAGAAAUGGAAAUCAUCAGAAGGAAGUAGUAGUGCAAAAUAUUCUUUGAAAACAGAUGCAAAACCGCUUUAUAAACACCUUGCAGAGAUUCUAAAUGAACUAGCAAUGUGGUUGGAAAACAGUGCUAUGUUGAAGGAAGAACUUCAAUGUAAAUUCUCGUCUCUGUGUGAAAUCCAAGAAGAGAUAACCGCGGCACUGAAAGCAAGUGCUGAAGAUGACGACUUCAAGUUCACCAGCUAUCAAGCAGCCAAAUUCCAAGGUGAGGUUUUGAACAUGAAACAAGAGAACAACAGAGUUGCUGAUGAACUUCAAGCAGGUCUAGAUGUAGUAACAACUCUCCAACUUGAUGUUGAGAAGGCUCUUGCAAAGAUGAAUGAGAAAUUUGGACUCUCUAGUUCUAAGAAAACCCAGAGAAGUACAGAUUCAAACUCAGUACCUCUGAGGUCAUUUAUCUUUGGUGUCAAACCAAAGAAACAAAAACAGUCAAUCUUCUCCUGCAUGACCCCUGGAAUGAAUAGGAAAUACCGUGCUCACAAAGGAUAAAGCCAUAUGUAAAAUAUUUGUAUCACAUUUCUUCAACUCUUAUUAUCUUUGACAAAAUUCCUAUAUUGGUUUCGUUAGAUAGAGUGUAUUGAGAUUGGAAAUUGUCUUUUUUACUUAAAAGGAAGCAAUCAAUAUUGUGCUUGUCUAUAAAUAGGCAGAAAGGUUUUCAAGUGUAGGCUCCAGUUUCUCCUUUGUAUUUUUUGCCCUUUUCAUCAUAUAUGUAUUAAUCACUCCUUAUACUUCGUUAGAAAUAUUGUGUUCCA